AUUCCUCUUAAAACCUGCCACCGAAAUAAAUGAGUGAUGUUCUGCAAAAGCCUUCGAAGGAAGCACAGCAUGAGGCUCAUCUGAGGAGGAGUACAACCUUUACAACUAUUGAGGACAGCUGAAGAGAGAGUCACCGACACAGACAGAAUGACAUUUACUGCGCCUGUCAGAUGUCAGACAUGUUUGCCUGGUCAGACGUAUACAGAUGAGAAGAGCAACAGUAAUAUCUGGAGAAGACAUAAACUGAUAGAUGGAGAAUGUGCAAACAAUACACAGACAGUGCAGCUUUUGCUAUAAAAGAGAUGUGAGCACUUGAUCAAUAUAAGCACCACAUGGCAAAGGUAAAGCACGUUUAGAAUUCUCUGUAAUCCUCACCUCUGAAAUCCUUAAACUGCCAUUAAACACCUUAAAGCUCUCUCAGUCUUAUCAAGUUUGGAUCAAGGACAAAGACUGAACAUAAAUAAGAAGACCACCAAUGUUCAGUUCUGAUCACAGAUCAUGAACAACUGUCACAUCGACUUCAGCUCACAAAGAGAUCUUCUCCCUGGUCUCUAUGGUGCCAUCUUCUGCGUGGCAUUGCCCACAAACUGUCUGGCACUUUAUGGCCUAUACAAACUGCUUAAAGCAGAGGAUUCUCUUCCGGUAUAUGUGAUCAACCUUCUUUUAACAGAUAUCCUUCAGAUAGUCACGCUGCCUCUGUGGAUUGACUAUUACAAAAAUGGUCAUGUGUGGCGUUUUCAUGAAGUGACUUGUGACAUUUUUGGUGUGCUGCUGUACAUAAGUCUCUUAGGCAACGUUGGAUUUCUAAGCCUGAUUGCUGUGGAACGUUAUAUAGCUGUUGCUCAUCCUUUAUGGUAUAAGAAUUUCCGGAGGCUGUCUAACGCCUGUAUUCUAUGCUUGGCAUUGUGGGGUCUGUUCACAGGAAUCAGUCUUCUUGUCUGGUAUUUCAAAAGAGAAAACUCAAAAUAUCUCCUCUGCUUUGAAAAUUAUCCAGCAACAAAUACGUUCUCCAUUUUGUGUCUGAGUAUGUCCGUUUUCUUGUUCCCAUUGCCUCUUGCACUCCUCAUCUUUAUUUACAUUCGCAUUGAAAAGAGCUUAAGAAAUUUACAAUCAGUUCCAGAUGAAAGCAAGAAGAAAAUAAAAUACCUUCUCAUCACGAUAGUGCUAAUAUUUAUUUUGGUUUAUGGGCCCUUUUGUACCACAGCUUUAAUCAGAUUUGUUGGAUUAUUAAUCGUAUCUGACAAAUGUCAACAUGAGUCAAAAAUGUUUUAUGCUUAUAGAUGUACAUUUGCAUUGCUCAAUGUUACAAGUCUCUUGGAUCCAGUCUUCUACAUAUUAAUCUCCAAAGAUAUUUGUAAAGAGCUGAAAGAACUUUUCCCAUUCAUCUUUAGACAAAUUAGGCCAGUGGAUAGCAGUUCAGAAUGAAAGAGUCUAUUUGCUCCAUGAUGUUUACCCUUAAUUAUAUAAAUAAAUACUGUAGUAUUUAACCUAGAUAUGACUACAUCUAUGACUAGAUAUGUUUAGAUAUGUCAUAUGAUCCUGAAUAGAUUCUCUACGAUGGAUGGAUACUACAAUCUUCUCUAUCAUGGUAUAUUAUGUUUGCAGCCUAUUCAUAUUUGAGGAUGCAUGUAAGCAAUAACCUUUAUAGAAACCUAAUUCAGCCGGUGCCAAAGUGAGAUAUCUUUCAGUUCAACUGUGUAACAAACAUGCAAAGAUGGCCUUGUAAGUUUAUAAUAUAUUGUUUAAUGGAAGAUAGUAGGGUGCAAAGUGCUGCAAAUUAACCAGUAUACAUGGAACAAGAGACAAGAAUGGUGAAUAUUAGGGCUGAUUCGUACUAAGACAGAGAGAUUUGGUUUCAUGAUAACCUAUCAGGCAGAGCGGCUGGUCAACUUGUCUACCAUAUAAAAACACUUUAUUGCAAAGGAGAGCUGCACUCAUGCCCAGUUAUAUAUGCAGUAGUUUUUUAUAAAGAAAACAUAAUUUACUUUGGAUAGAAGUGUUGGUAGAUCUGGAGAAAUAACUCAGGACUAUAUCUGAGCAGAGCAACUAUAACAGAUAAUAAACUAUUACUAUAACUACAAGAGACGAGGAGAUUUUAUGGUGAAUAUUAGGCUGAUUAGUACUAAAACAGGGAGAUUUGGUUUCAUGAUAACCUAUACUGAAUGCUCAAUGUAUAAUUUUUUAAUACAGAGGAGACUUUGUCCAGUCGGCAGUAGUCAUCAGCCGAUAUUUCAUGGCCCUGUUUUGUCCUUGAAGGAAUGGCUUUCUUACUGCCACUCGCCCUGUCAAGUCUGCAGCACAAAGUCUCCUCCACAGUACAAACUAAGAUUUGCUUUUGUCGACCUGCUCUGUUAAGCUGUGCUUGAAGCUCUUGUGCUGUGAGAACCUUGUGAUCACGCCAGCCGGUGAACCUCACAAACCUGACUUCUGAUGGGGUUGCCAGAUCUUUUCAUAUGAGAGUUUCUUCCAGUUUCUUGCCAUCAUCACUACAAUAUUGUCCAGGUAGUACUUCAGAGGGUGUUGUUACAUAGCAUGUUUCUUUUCAAGUAAUCAACAGAAGUUGGGACACAUGUGCUAAUUGUUUGCUUCCACUUACAAGGCUUCAUUUACUUUAAUUGCUGCAAAACAUCUUUAGGUUGUAACCUACUAGUUGUUCCCUAAAGAUGGCUCAUUUCUGAUAUUUCCUUUUUUUCAGUUUUUGCUAAGUGAAACUUUAAAUUUAAACCUCUGGCAGUUUGCUGCUUACCUUUUCACCAUUUUAGGUCAUUCAUUGCAUUUCAUAUCUGAAGAAAAACUGGAAAAAUUGAGGUUUUCUAAACGUUUUGACCAGUAAUUUAUGUAUGGGAGACAAUUUCAGGGCUAAUCUCAUGACAAAUGUACUCUAAACCAGAGGCUGGUGUUGUUGCUUAAUGCCUUUUCUCUUCCUCCCUUUGUAAAAUGGAUGAUCGACGGACAUUAAACCUCUGACAUCACUUUUGACUUUUGGCCCCCUGAACCUGCCGUUUUUGUGUCAUGUUCCAAAAACUUGGCCCCACCACCAACUCUGAGGUAUUUGUAUGAAGCCUUUUCUCUGAUGAAGACAGAUCCGCAAAAUAUUGCACAUAUUUUUCGAAUAUGUAUUAUCCUCCAGUUAUACAGGGUUCACCUAUGUGCCCCAACCCUUUUUGACUUGUUAUCUCAUUGAUUUACCUAUAUAUAGGGUGGUCCAGAUCUAAUUAUGCAAUUUUCAUUG